CAUUCGCUCGCCGCCUCGCUCCGGUCCCCGGGGCUGCGAACUGAUCUGGCGCGGGGGGGGGGGAGGAGAAGGAGGAAGGAGGAGGAGGAAGGGGAGGAGGAGGGCAGAGCAGGCGAGAGAGCGAGCGAGACAGCCAGAGAGCCGGGAGGCACAGGGAGUAGCGACUGUCUUCCGGAGCCCGGAUUCAUGCCUGUCCUCGGGACCAGCGAAGGGGACUUGACGGCUGAGUAUGAGCCAGGCUGCUAGGAGCCAGGUACCCCCACGCCUGCAGUCCCCGCGCCGUUCCCGGUAUGCGAGCUGGACGCAGGGCUCUCCCAAGUUCCCACCGAACCGAGUAAAAAGCGUCGGCCCGAAGCUCUCCGCCAAAGACGGACAUUGACCCCAGGACUCCACAUAAUGGAGCAAGAAUGAGAGGAAAAAGGCCGGCAGAAAAGCAUGAACUGGAGGUUUGUUGAGCUCCUCUACUUCCUGUUUAUAUGGGGCCAUAUCUCAGUGCAGCCCUCCCACCAGGAACCAGCUGGGACAGACCAACAUGUCUCCAAGGAAUUUGAUUGGCUUAUUUCAGACAGGGGGCCAUUCCACCACUCCAGGAGCUACCUGUCCUUUGUGGAAAGACACCGUCAGGGAUUUACAACCAGAUAUAAAAUAUACAGGGAGUUUGCCCGUUGGAAGGUGAGGAACAUAGCCAUUGAGAGGAGAGACUUGGUUCGCCAUCCAGUCCCCCUCAUGCCGGAGUUUCAAAGGAGCAUCCGUCUGCUUGGUAGGAGACCCACCACUCAGCAGUUCAUCGAUACCAUCAUCAAAAAGUACGGCACCCACCUCCUUAUCUCUGCCACCUUGGGAGGGGAGGAGGCCUUGACCAUGUACAUGGACAAGAGCCGACUUGACAGGAAGUCAGGAAAUGCCACUCAAAGUGUUGAAGCUUUGCACCAGCUUGCAUCGUCCUACUUUGUCGACCGUGAUGGCACCAUGAGAAGGCUUCAUGAGAUCCAGAUAUCAACUGGAGCAAUCAAGGUCACCGAAACACGUACUGGGCCUCUGGGCUGUAACAGCUAUGACAAUCUGGACUCUGUGAGUUCUGUCCUUCUGCAAAGCACGGAGAGCAAACUGCACCUUCAAGGUCUUCAGAUAAUCUUCCCUCAGUAUCUGCAAGAGAAGUUUGUCCAGUCUGCCUUGAGCUACAUCAUGUGCAACGGUGAAGGAGAAUAUGUGUGCCAGAACAGCCAGUGUAGAUGUCAUUGUGCAGAGGAGUACCCACAGUGCAAUUGUCCUAUCACCGACAUCCAGAUCAUGGAGUACACACUGGCCAACAUGGCCAAGUCUUGGACGGAAGCUUAUAAGGACCUGGAGAAUUCAGAUGAGUUUAAGUCCUUUAUGAAGCGUCUCCCCAGCAACCACUUCCUGACCAUCGGGAGCAUCCAUCAGCACUGGGGCAAUGAUUGGGACCUUCAGAACCGUUACAAACUCCUGCAGAGUGCCACUGAGGCCCAGAGACAAAAGAUUCAACGCACUGCCCGCAAGCUCUUCGGCCUCAGUGUCCGCUGCCGCCACAAUCCCAACCACCAGCUGCCUAGAGAGAGAACAAUUCAACAGUGGCUUGCAAGGGUCCAGUCUCUUCUUUACUGCAAUGAGAAUGGGUUUUGGGGGACCUUCCUGGAGAGCCAGAGAAGCUGUGUGUGCCAUGGUAGCACUACUCUGUGCCAGCGCCCCAUCCCCUGCGUCAUAGGUGGGAACAACAGCUGUGCCAUGUGCAGUCUGGCCAACAUCUCACUCUGCGGCUCCUGCAACAAGGGCUACAAGCUCUACCGAGGCCGCUGCGAACCACAAAAUGUGGACUCAGAGCGGAGCGAGCAGUUCAUCAGUUUCGAGACCGACCUGGACUUCCAGGACUUGGAGCUAAAGUACUUGUUGCAGAAGAUGGACUCUCGCCUCUAUGUCCACACCACCUUCAUCAGCAAUGAGAUUCGCCUCGACACUUUCUUUGAUCCCCGGUGGCGCAAACGCAUGUCCCUCACUCUCAAGAGCAACAAGAACCGCAUGGACUUCAUUCACAUGGUGAUCGGCAUGUCCAUGCGCAUCUGCCAGAUGCGUAACAGCAGCCUGGACCCCAUGUUCUUUGUCUAUGUCAAUCCCUUCAGUGGGAGCCACUCUGAGGGCUGGAAUAUGCCCUUUGGGGAAUUUGGCUACCCUCGUUGGGAGAAGAUCCGUCUCCAAAACAGCCAGUGCUACAACUGGACUCUCCUGCUGGGUAAUCGGUGGAAAACAUUUUUCGAGACGGUCCACAUCUACCUGCGUAGUCGGACUCGGCUACCCACCCUCCUGCGUAAUGAGACUGGCCAGGGCCCAGUGGACCUGUCUGAUCCCUCCAAGAGGCAGUUCUACAUCAAGAUAUCAGAUGUGCAGGUGUUUGGCUACAGCCUGAGGUUCAACGGUGACCUCCUGCGCAGUGCAGUACAACAGGUCAACCAGUCCUACACACAAGGCGGCCAGUUCUACUCCUCUUCAUCCGUGAUGCUCCUCUUGUUGGAUAUCCGGGACCGAAUUAACCGCCUGGCCCCACCUGUGGCCCCCGGGAAGCCUCAGUUGGACUUGUUCUCCUGUAUGCUGAAACACCGCCUGAAGCUGACCAACAGUGAGAUCAUCCGGGUGAACCACGCCUUGGACCUCUACAACACCGAGAUCCUCAAACAGUCAGACCAGAUGACAGCCAAACUCUGUUAACUUGGACUCCUUGCCAUGAACUUUUCCCUUUUGUUGUACAAACAUAACAAAACAAAGCAAAACAAAGCAAAAGCAAACACAAAUUUGUAAAAUGUAAUUAAUAUUCAAAGAAAAGGAGGGGGAAAUCUUCACUCGUUGGAAACUAAAACGUUCUAGCAACUGUAUUAAAACGUUGGGCAUGUUUGUUUAUUUCUAUACUCUGUCAUGAAGAAGGGUCUCAGCCUUUGAGGAGCUUGGGGGGUGGAGUUGCUUCUUAGGCCUCAGGUGCUGUAUUGAGGGGGGAGUUGGGGGAGAGCAUAUGCAAUGAAUUGUAAAGAUCUCUGCUGUGCAGGUGCUAAGAUUAAACACUAAAAGAGAGAUAUAUGUAAUGUACAACUGACACUGCCAUUUUUCCUUGUGGGAGGAAAUGGACAUAGAUAAAGAAGAUAUUUCUUCGGUUAUGAUUUCUUCCCUCUUUAUGUUUAAUUCUUUGUUGUUGUUUUUUUAAUUCUCACACAAAGGUGGGGAUCCAAUGACAGUGCCCUCAUAUGCAUACUUCCUUUCAAUCUAAAUAAAUUAAAAUUAAUUGAAACUGAAGAGGUGGGCUUGGGGCAAAGGGCAUUCACGUAAUUGCAACAUGUUAAAGAAAUUAAGGGACCUUAGAUAUCAGCUCAGCAAACUCCUUAAGUCCAUUUGGGAAAUAGCCUUAAAUAGAAAAAGCAUGCCCCUGGCUAUACACAUACACACACCCCUUCCUAUUUCCUCUGAAAUACCUUUUCUUUUAAAUCAAGCUAGCUACUUUUGCCUUUUCUCCUCCCCAUAAACUGCCAAAAGACAAAUUAUUUUUCAGACUUGGAUCUUUUUUUUUCCUAUUCAGAAACCCCUUUCAACCUACUCUAUGCCCCCAAAUGGUGGCAGAUUUCCUAGAAGUGUUUUGCAUAUGAUAGCUUUAGUUCAAAUAAAAUUAAUAAGAUGAAUAAAAUCAAAUGCAUUUGUCUGCCAGAGAGAGUUCCCCAAGUAAAUGUCUGAAAAAUAUUGGUUAAUUUAGACUACACACACACACACACACACCACCACCACCACCACCACCAUUUAUUUUACAUUUAGGAAAGCUGAUAAGAUUUAUACAGAACUUGGGGAUAAAAGUGAGAGACGCUCAUUUCAAAACAUUCCUAUAAAGGGUUUGUGCAGAUACCACUUAGUCGCCAAGAACUCUGCAUCUGCCUACCUAUUUAUUACUAUUUAUUUAUCUAUAUUUAUUUUUGCUAAUAAGGUACUUGCUAGGUGUUUCUGAAUAUUCAUUUCUUUAUUACAGGAAAACAGGGUGACAAGUUUCACACUUUAAUUAGUAGAGCUCUUCUUUUUUGUGUGUGUCCAGGGUUAUUGCUGGGGCUCAGUGCCCACAUCAUAAAUCCACUGCACCGAGAGGCCAUUUUUUUCCCCUUUUGUUGCCUUUGUUCUUGUAGCCUUGUUGUGGUUAUUAUUGUUGUUGUUAUUCAUUGUUGGAUAGGACAGAGAGAAAUCGAGAGAGGAGGGGGAGAGAAAGAUAGACACCUGCAGACCUGCUUCACCACCUGUCUGUGAAGUGACUCCCCUGCAGGUGGGGAGCCUGGGGCUGGAACCGUGAUCCUUCCUAUCCUUCCUUAUGCCUGUCUUUGCGCUUUGCGCCAUGUGCGCUUAACCUGCUGCACUACUACCCGACCCUCCCCCCCCCCCCCCCCCCCCCCCGUAGAGCUCUUCUAAUCUAAAACUUCUGCCCAGUGCAAAUCUCUUUACCAUCUUACGGGAGAUUAUGAUUUGCUAACUGGGACAUUUCAGGGACAAAAAAAUUAUUAACUUUCUAGUCUCUUUUCACUGAAGAGCAGGAAUAGUGCACAUUCAAGGUUUGAUUAUGGCUAGACCUACACACUGACUAACUUUUAUGGACAUACACAUAUAUAGACACAUUCCCAGGCUGAAAUUAAUUUUUAUUUUAUUUUUUAUUUAUUGGAUAGAGACAGCCAGAAAUCAAGAAGGAAUGGGGGUGAUAGGGAGAGAGACAGAGAGACACCUGUAGACCUGCUUCACCACUUGCAAAGCUUUCCCCUUGCAGUUGGGGUCAGGGGCUCAAACCUGGGUCCCUGUGCAAUAUAACACUCAACAAAGUACACUAGCAUUUGGCCCCCUGAAAUUUAUACUUCUAUCUUAUGGUAAUGCUAGCCUAGAUAAAAUACAAAAACUAUUUCGGGUCACCAGUGUCUAUGAUAAAAUGAACCAAAGAGAAUGUUGUCCUUAAUAUAAUAAUUUGAAAAUGAAAGCAAGAGAGAACUUAAGUGCAUAAGAGGUAAAUAAUUACUUGAUUUAAGGUGAGGGGGCAAUAUACUUUAACAGUGAUCAGUUAUUUGAUUUUUUAUAUUUUUAUUAUUGGAUAGAGAGAAAUUGAGAGAGGAAUGUGAAAUAGGGAGAGACACCUGCACACCUGGGUCCUUGCACACUGUAAUGUGUGUGCUUAACCAGGUGCACUACCACCUGCCCCUCCACCAUCAAUACUUUGUAGUUCAAACUUUUAAUAUGGUUUACCACUUGUUUUUAAUCUAGCGUGAUUUUAUUAGGGAAUUCAGUAAUGGCUUACAAGAUGACAAGAGUAUAGUGCUACAAGGCAACCAACAUGAAAGUUCUAUGCCCCUUCUCCUGGACCCAACAGCCAUCAUAGUGAAUUAUUAUAGUGAUAUUAUACCACAGUUCUCUGCAAAUCCAUGUGUUUUAAUUAUCUAUAUUCCCCUCAAAUGAUGAAACCGUCUAGUAAUUAUCUUCUAGCCCCUCACUUCUUUUACAGGGUCACCUCCAGUUUUAUCUGUUUUGUCCUGCAGAAUACAAUAUCUUUUUUAAAUUGCAAAGUAGUUUUCCAUUGAGUAUAUAUCCCAUAGCUUCUUAUAUAUUCUGAUACCAGCCUUAAAACAUAACAUGCAAUUGACAUUUACACUAUAUCUGGAAUGUCCAAUUUUGAGAGAAGUCAGUGUUCAGUUAGGUUGGAAAUUCUUCAUGCCAGAGGUCACAUAAUACCUGUUCUUCAGGUACUAGAGUACUAGAUUUUGUUUUUUUUUUUAGAAGAUCAGUAUAUCAUCUGGCAUCUCUGCAUUACCUAGUAGAUGAAUGGAGGCAUGUCAUAAAAAUGAAAGUUUAUAAGAAAAUGACCCAUAAGUUUGUGCUUCUCAAAGCUAAAUUUAAAAAAAUAUAAACCAAUUAAAUAAUUAUUAUUAUAAAUACCAUGAGUGCUAUUGUGGGGUCAAACAUACAGAGAGAAACCUUGAAGAAGUUAUCUCUAUUGACAUGACUGUUAACGCUUCCACAGACAAGUUCAUUUUGAGUGUUAAAAACUAUCAGACUUUGGCAAGUACCAUGAAGAUGAGGAUCAAGGAUCAAGGAAACACCAUAAUGUGAAAACACAAAUGUAUAAAUAUGAGUUGUAUAAUUGCAGGCUGGUUUACAGAAUAACUUUUAAAAGGUAUCACUUUAAAUGACCCACCAACCAAGGUUAGUGAGGCUUUUGACUCGGUUGAGAAGUUGAAAUAAUCAUCCAUAAGCUUUAUGAUCUGAAGAAUGAAUUUAAGACUGUUGAUCUUUAAGUUGCCUUACUUCCUUUUUCCCUUCAUCUUUACCUUCCAAUCGCUUUCAAAGAUACAGAAUAAACAAUUGAGUUUGCAUAUCA